UUCAUCAUUCAGCUGCUGAUUUUUGGUUGGACUCGAGCCUGUACUGUACUGAAAUUAGAGCUGUUUCACACAUGAUGAUACGGCUGUGUGUAAGCUGGCUGUUUUUUUUGUUGGGAGUGCAGCUUGUUUUGGCUCAGCUGGGCAAACUUGACGAUGCUGCUGAUGAUGAUGUUGAUUUAGAAGACAAGAGAAAUGGAAGAAACAAAAAUAAACCAAUCACCUCUAAUGUCAUCCCAAAAAACAAUGAUGUGGACUGUACUUUGGAACUGGCAUUUUUGGUGGACAGUUCAGAAAGCGCCAAAGACAACCAUGCUCAAGAGAAGCAUUUUGUUACUGAUCUCGUUAGCCGGAUCCGAAACAUCCAUCUCCAAACUGGACAGGGCUUGAAAUUCAGAACUGCUCUCCUUCAGUACAGCAGUCAUGUGAUCAUCGAACAGUCCCUCAAAGAUUGGAGGGGUGUGCACACCUUCCAGGAUCACAUCGAGCCCAUGCCUUACAUAGGGCAUGGUACCUAUACCACCUACGCCAUCACCAACCUCACACGCAUUUACCUGGAGGAGUCUGGCCCUGACAGCGUGAAGGUGGCCAUUCUGCUGUACGAUGGCAAGUCGCAUCCCAAGAAUCCCGAUAUCUUCUCUGCUUUAGCUGAUGCUAAGAACCAAGGGAUUAAAUUCUUCACAGUGGGAUUCACAUCCGCUGCCAAUGUGGAACAGCUGCGGCUCCUGGCCAGUCCUCCAGCCGCCCGCUACGUACACAACCUACAGGACAAGGGCGUCGUGGACAAGAUCGUCAAAGAGAUUACUGAGGUGGCUAAUGAAGUGUGCCCUCUUUCCCCAAAAUGCACUUGUGAGAAAGGAGAGCGAGGACCCAGCGGACCACCUGGUAAAAAGGGUCGUCCUGGAGAAGAUGGAAGUCCAGGAACUAAAGGACAAAAGGGAGAGAGUGGAUUCAGCGGUCCUCCUGGACGAGACGGGACAGAGGGGAAACCUGGAUACAAAGGAGAAAAGGGUGAGCGAGGGGAGUGUGGGACACCAGGAGUCAAAGGAGACAGAGGUCCGGAGGGCCCUGUUGGUAUCAGAGGAAGCAGAGGACUGCAGGGUUUGCCUGGACCUAAUGGAGACAUUGGCCCUGAGGGCCCACCAGGCAAAAAAGGCGAGAGAGGUUUUCCCGGACCGCCAGGAAUACAGGGCGAGACUGGCUUUGGGCUUCCUGGACCAAAGGGUGAUGUGGGGUUUCAGGGCAGAAUGGGUCCUCCUGGGCCUCCUGGGCUUGGCGAGCCGGGCCAACCGGGGCCACAAGGGCCGCAGGGUUUGCCAGGAGAGAAGGGCCCUCCAGGAGAGGGUUUACCAGGACCAAAGGGUGAGAGGGGUCUGGAGGGGCAGAGAGGACCCAGAGGACCAGUAGGUCCUGGCAUUAGAGGAGACAAGGGUGAUAUUGGUCCUCCUGGUCUUCAAGGACCAGUGGGGCUUCCUGGAGCAGGGAUCCAAGGAGAGAAGGGUGUGGAAGGACCACGUGGACCCCCGGGAAGCAGAGGCCCAGUGGGUGAGGGCUACCCUGGACCAAAGGGUGAUCAAGGUUUACCAGGUGAGAUCGGUGAACCGGGAGAGAGAGGAGCAGGCGAACCGGGAGCUAAAGGGGAACCUGGUGCUCCAGGGUUAUCAGGAUUACCAGGUUUACCAGGAGAAGAUGGAGCUCCAGGGCAGAAGGGAGAACCAGGAGCCCCUGGGUUGAGGGGCCCUGAAGGAACAGCAGGAGUGGGCAUCCAGGGUGAAAAAGGUGAUCAGGGUCAGCGGGGAAUCCGUGGGUUAGCAGGGCCACCGGGAAUAGCCGGACCCUCAGGGUCAAAGGGAGAGCCUGGCACCCCUGGGAGACUGGGAUUACCUGGACUACUGGGACGUGCUACAACAGGACCAAAAGGUGACGUAGGCCCGCCAGGUCCAUCUGGUCCAAUAGGAGAGACGGGAUAUGGACUUCCUGGACCAAAGGGUGAUCGUGGUGACCCAGGUCCUUCUGGUCUAAGUGGAGCAAAAGGGGAUGGCUAUCCAGGUCCCUUAGGGCCUCCUGGUCUUCCUGGUCUUCCAGGAGAACCUGGUCCAGAGGGCAUAGGGAUACCUGGACCAAAGGGCGAUAUUGGCUUCAGAGGUUUACCGGGCCCACCUGGACCUCCAGGGGAAGGACUACAAGGACCACCUGGCAACAUGGGAAGACCAGGACCUCCUGGACCGACUGGGCCACCAGGACAAGGCCUACAGGGUCCAAAGGGUGAUCAGGGGUCACAGGGUGUGAGCGGGCCAAGAGGACCUCCUGGAGAAGGAAUGCCCGGGUCAGAGGGGGAUCGUGGAGGUCAGGGUGAGAGGGGGAUGAAGGGGGUUAAAGGUGAUAUGGGAGAUCCUGGCAUUCCUGGACAAACAGGUAGACCAGGAAUCAAAGGAGAAUCUGGACUAACAAGGGACGAUAUAAUCCGAAUGAUCCGGGAGAUUUGUGGCUGUGGAGUCAAGUGUAAAGAGCGUCCCAUGGAGCUGGUGUUUGUGAUUGACAGCUCUGAAAGCGUCGGGCCUGAAAACUUUGAGAUCAUCAAGGACUUUGUGGCUGCAUUAGUUGACAGACUCACCAUAGACCGUAAUGCCACCCGAGUCGGCCUCGUUUUGUACAGCUUAGAGGUCCAGCUUGAGUUCAACCUCGCUCGCUACAUGACCAAACAAGAUGUCAAACAAGCGAUACGCAGGGUUCACUACAUCGGCGAGGGAACAUACACCGGCUCUGCCAUCCGCAAAGCAACUCAAGAAGCAUUUUACAGUGCAAGGACUGGGGUGAGGAAGGUUGCCAUUGUCAUCACAGACGGACAAACAGAUAAACGGGAGCCUGUGAAGCUGGAAAUCGCUGUCAGGGAGGCGCAUGCAGCCAAUAUUGAGAUGUACGCUCUGGGGAUUGUUAACAUUAGUGAUCCCACACAGGAAGAGUUUCUCCAGGAGCUCAAUCUCAUUGCGUCGGACCCUGACAGUGAGCACAUGUUCUACAUAGACCACUUCAACACCUUGCCAGCUCUGGAGUCCAAACUGGUCAAUCAGCUCUGUGAGGAUGAAAAUGGAGCACUUAUCUUCAGUCGCAUUAAUGGUUUUGAAAAUGGAUAUGGUAUUAAUGGCAACCGCAUCAAUGGUAAUGGCAGGUACAGUUAUGGCACAAAUGUAAAUCAAGUCCACAGAGAGAACACGGGAACACACUCUGGGAUGAACACUGUCACUCAUAAGAGCGGCAGAGGAGGCACGUUUGCUCCAACAGCUGGUCCAGACAUUAAUGAGGAGGUUAAACUUGCACCUGAGACACCAGACACAAACACUUCAGAGCAGAGCAGCGGUAGAGGAGAUACUCCAACAGUCACUGGAACAUCCACACACAGCAGACCUUCAUCAGGGACAACAUCAUCAUCAUCAUCAUCAUCAUCAACGUCAACAACUGUGAACACGUCAACCUCAGUGCGAUAUAUACCAGCACCACGUCCACCAUUACCUAAAGAAGUUGUAUCUCUGGACCCCCGUUGUGAGCUGAUCCUGGAUCAGGGCCCUUGUCGGGACUAUAACAUCCGCUGGUACUACGACCGGCAGGCCAAAGCCUGCGCUCAGUUCUGGUACGGAGGCUGUGACGGGAACCGUAACCGCUUUGACACAGAAGAAGAGUGCAAAAAGACUUGUGUUGCUGUGAGAGCAGGAGGCUGAUAUCCAUUAUGGAUACUUUUCCUUUUGUCUGUAAUUCCUCACACUCCAAUACGAUGGACCUGCACUGAAAUACACAAAGUAUAUGAAAAAUGGGUUGGACAGGAGAUUUCAAUGAGAGUAGCUAGUUGAUGAAGCACAGUACUUUUCAUAUCACAACCUGCAGAACUGUGAAGAAGCAAUACUGUAAUAUUGUACACUCAUAGUUACACAACAUUCUUGAAUUGGCAUUAAUGUAAUAAAUGAAAUGUAAUCUUGAUUUUGAGAACUAAUGUUGUCAGUAUCAGUGUAA